GGCCGCGCGGAGGGAGUGAGUCACCUGACCGCUGCCCGCGCCGCCCGGAGCUCGCUGGCUGCCGUCAGUCGGGCCUCGCCACCGCGUCUCGGCUGGGCGAAUGACGGUUGAAGCAUGCACCUCGCUGCCCGUCCCAAGGCCGUGUGUCGUGCAGGAUGUCGGUGAGCGAGAGCGCGGUGUUCGCCUACGAGUCGUCGGUGCACAGCACCCACGUGCUGCUCGGCCUCAACGAGCAGCGCCAGAAGGACGUGCUGUGCGACCUCACGGUGCUGGUGCAGGGCCGGCGCUUCCGCGCGCACCGCGCCGUGCUGGCGGCCUGCAGCAGCUACUUCCACGCGCGGGUCGUGGGCCACGCCGAGGCCGAGCUGAGCAUCACGCUGCCCGAGGAGGUGACGGUCAAGGGCUUUGAACCCCUGAUCCAGUUCGCCUACACGGCCAAGCUGGUCCUGAGCGGGGACAACGUGGAGGAGGUCUGCAGGUGCGUGGCUCUGCUCCGCGUGCACGACGUGGAGGAGUCCUGCUUCCAGUUCCUCAGGUUCAAGUUCAUGGACUCGGCCGCCGCCCGGCCCCCGAGCCCGCCCAGCCCCGGCUGCGCACCGCACGACCCCCACACCGACCCCAAAGACCUGGCUGCUGACGACGGCCACGAACUCCUGGAGACGAACAGUGCCCAGACCCCGCCGUGCGCACUCCAGAGGUGCCCCGGGAGCGCGGAGGACGGCGCCGGCCACGCCUUCGAAUCCCCGUGCCCGGACCAGGACGCCGCGGCCGCCCCGGGCCUGCCGUCCUUAUGCCCUAAGUACAGAAAAUUCCAGAAAGCCUUCGGAACGGACCGAGGCCGGGUGGUGGAAGCCGGCGCCGGUCAGCCAAACGAGCUGCCCGAGAACGGGUGCCCGCGGGCGGCGGCCCCGGAUGGGCGGACGCCCGCCGCGGAGCCCGCGCAUGCGCAGGGGGCCGCCCUCCCCCGCGGCGGCCCCGCGGCCGGGAGCGACGGCCCGGCGGAGGGGGCGCCCGGGCUCUUCGCCCUGUCCCUCCUGCACCCCCCGUACGACCCACCCUGCGACUCGAACUUCGCCGGCCCGCAGGGCCCCGCGGUGAAGGCAGAGGCGCCUGGGGCGGGCGCGGACCGCGACCCGCAGGAACCCUACCCGGAGCCGGACCUGGGCGCCCCGCAGGACGAGGGCGGCCUGGCGCCCGGCGACCGCAGCAGCGUGGAGCGGGAGGUGGCCGAGCACCUGGCCAAGGGCUUCUGGAGCGACGUGUGCCCCCCGGAGCCGCCUGGCCACACGCGGCCGUCCCCGGCGCCGGCCGGGGAGGGCCCCGAGCCCAGCCACGCCCAGAAGCGCCCCGAGUGCCCCUGGCUGGGCAUCCGGAUCAGCGAGAGCCCGGAGCCGGGCCCGCGGACCUUCGCCACGCUGAGCUCCGUCCACUGCCCCUUCAUCAGCACCCUGGGUGCCGAGGGCUGCGCCGGCGGCUUGGAGGCGGGGAACGACGGCUACGCGUCCGAGCCCCAGCAGGAGCCCUGCCCCUACGCCUGCGUGAUCAGCCUGGGCGACGACUCGGAGACGGACACGGAGGGCGACAGCGAGUCCUGCUCGGCCAGAGAGCAGGAGUGCGAGGUAAAACUUCCGUUUAACGCACAGCGAAUCAUCUCCCUCUCGAGGAAUGACUUCCAGUCCCUGCUGAAGAUGCACAAGUUGACCCCGGAACAACUGGACUGCAUUCACGAUAUCCGCAGAAGGAGUAAGAACAGGAUUGCUGCCCAGCGCUGCCGCAAGAGGAAGCUGGACUGCAUCCAGAACCUCGAAUCUGAGAUCGAGAAGCUGCAAAAUGAAAAGGAGAGUUUGCUGAAGGAGCGAGAUCACAUUUUGUCCACUCUGGGGGAAACAAAGCAGAACCUAACUGGACUUUGCCAGCAAGUCUGUAAAGAAGCUGCCUUGAGUCAAGAGCAAAUCCAGAUACUCGCCAAGUACUCAGCUUCAGAUUGCCCCCUUUCCUUCUUACUUUCAGAAAAAGGAAAAAGUGCCACUGAAGGUGAACUGACACUCCCGUCCAUUUUCAAUUUAGCCCAUGUGUCUUCAGUGCUGCCUUCCAGCGGACGGGGAAGUGGGGUGGCCAGCUGUGAGCGGGGUGUCUGCGAGGCCCCCCCCAGCUCCGUGGACCCCCGGGAGCAGCAGCUAGGGGAGCAGGGGCGGCAGAGUGGCGCCAUCUCCGAGUUCUGCCAGCAGAUGACGGACAAAUGCACUACUGACGAGUAGACUCUGCUCUCUCGCGCCCGCCCGCCCGCCUGCCAUGCAAUCUGCUACUGAAGAUUUGGCAUUAUCUUGAAAGCCUCGUGGCCGUCUCCUGCUUAUUAAUACACAGCCUUCUGUUCAGGGAAAUCCUCUUUAAGCCAACCCUGACUUGGUUCUUGGCUCCUACAAGAAAACACCAAGAUGAUUUAUCUCCUGGGUACCAGAAAAAAAAAAAAAAGCACA